AUGAAAAGCUGCGCUAAGCGAGAGGUGGACAAGAAGACUUUCAUGGAACAGGUGCGUGAUAGCAAGGAGAAUGGCUACCUCCUCUCCUCCAGGAAGAUUGGCUCUGGGGCCUUCUCCAAAGUCUACCUGGGCUACGCCACCCAAGAGAAGCUAAGACAGAACUACAAGCUGGCCUCAGACCUUCGGAGCAAGCGGCAUUCCAUGGUGGCCAUAAAGAUCAUAUCCACAGCCAAAGCCCCCUUGGAAUAUUCCAGAAAAUUCCUCCCGAGAGAAAUCUACUCCCUUAAUGCAACCUACAAGCACAUCAAUGUGAUCCAGCUCUAUGAGAUGUACAGGAACAACAGGCGCACCUACCUCGUGCUGGAGCUGGCCUCCCGCGGCGACCUGCUGGAGCACAUCAACGCCACCUCCGACCGCAGGGAGUGCCCCGGGCUGGAGGAGGAGGAGGCCCGAAGGCUGUUCCGGCAGAUCGUCAGUGCUGUGGCACACUGCCACAACGUGGGCAUCGUGCACAGAGACCUGAAAUGUGAGAAUAUCCUGCUGGAUGAGCGAGGCUUCAUUAAGCUGACAGAUUUUGGGUUUGCCAACUGCUACUCCUUGAAGAAUUCCCUGAUGAGCACGUUCUGCGGCUCUGUGGCCUACACGGCCCCCGAAAUCCUCAUGAGCAAGAAGUACAACGGCGAGCUGGCUGACCUGUGGAGCCUCGGUGUGAUCCUGUACGCCAUGGUGACCGGGAAGCUGCCCUUCAAAGAGCGCCAGCCUCACAAGAUGAUCCAAAUGAUAAAACAGGGCCUCUCCUUCCGGCAGCCCAUCUCCCCAGAGUGCCAGAACCUGAUCCAAGGCCUGCUGCAGCUGAAGCCUGGGGCCCGGCUAGGCUUGCAGCAGGUGGCCACGCACUGCUGGAUGCUGCCUGCCACCUCGGCCAUCUUCCACCAGGCGCUGAACGCCACGGGCAGGCCCCCGGAGCUCAGCCCAGCCCUGGAGAAGCCGUCCGCCCAAGGCGAGAGUGGAGGCUCCGUCUCUUUGCUGCCAGACCUGGAGAGCUCGGCCAAGCCUCCCGAGGGAGCUGGCAAGGGACCCAAAGCCGCCGCAGGCCCUCGCGCCUCCUCUGCAAAGGACGCCUUCCCCGGCCGAGCCGAAAUGGAAGCCAAGGCCCCCGAGCUGAUCUCUGCUGGCUGCCUCCUUCAGCUGCCAUCACCGUGCCAGGCUGAGCGCCCCCCCCAAUUCUCCCUGUACCGGCCCUGCCUGCUCUCCGGCCUCCGGCCCUUCCACCACCUCCCCAACUUCCGCAAGCCCGGCUCGGCCACCUCAGCCAGCGCCUACAUGGCCAGCCAGCGGCUGGGCGAGAAGAGCCCCGCUGUGGCUGAAGCACUGGGCAGCGGCUCCUCCAAGCCGGUCAUCUCCCUCCACUCCACGUCCAUGAUCCGGAAGCCCCCGCCGGAGCCCAUCACAAACUAG